AUGAAACAUUUAGUUGUUUUUUUGAUCAUGCAUGUAUCAAUGUGCUAUUCAGAUAUCAAGUUUACUGAUCAAGAAGAGCUUGUUACACAAGAGAGGCGAAAUGGAAAAAAUCUUCUCAAUUUUAUUGGAUUGGAUAAUGGACAAUUGGAUCCAUACCAAAUCAAAUUACAACAGUCAUGUCUAACAGGUGAAUUUUCUGAGUGCUUUAAGCUUCAAGCGGUUAAUUCAUUAGGAGAGUUCUUUCUUCAGGAUCAGUAUACAUUAACACCGAGUGUCAAAGUUGUUAGGGCAGCGGAAUCACAAUUAAGAUCGUUGAUUAACGAGCCAUUGGAAUAUGUUUCUGAAACAAGAGAAGGUGACUCAGAAUGGGACUCUCUUGUCAAAUUUGCAUUGAGGAAAGCCGAAAGGUUUGUUAAGUCCACAGCAUUUGAAAUUCAAAUUCCAGAAGAGCUUGGAAAUGACGCUAGGUAUUCGCCUAGAUUUAUUGAUGACAUUUAUGAGGAAAUAGAUGUUCUAGAAGACAAAAAAGCUCCAUUGUUCAACAAACAUCGACUAAAAAAAAUGUUUAUUCCUAUGUUGCUUAUCUUAAAGUUGUUUAAAUUAAAACUCCUGUUAUUUUUGCCGUUUAUUCUUGGAAUCGCUGGUUUGAAAAAAGUGUUAGGAUUUGUAGCUUUUGUUCUUCCAGGUGUUAUUGGCUAUUUUAAGCUGUGCAAACCAAAUUUUCAGGCUUCGCAUUAUUCAUCGGCAUAUCAUAGCUCUAACUAUGAUCAUGACAAUAGUAAUCACUAUAGAAAUUUAAAUGACAAUCACAAUAAUAAUGGUGCAGUAAAAUUUAAUGAUGAUACGUCCUCUGGCGAAUUAGCGUAUCAAGGAUACGCUGAAUAUAGAAAUAAUAGAAACCAAAAUGUAACGAAUGAAAAUUGA